AUGCCGAACCGCGCUGGAAAAGAUGUCUUCAGGGCAAUAUUACGAAAGAUCAGCCAUCCCCUGCGGCGUCGGUCGAGGAAUAAGUACACAUCCAUCAGUGAAGAGCCGGUAGGUGAAUCUCCUCAUAAUGCUCAGAGCCCUACUUCACCUCCAGGCCUCCCGCCUCGACUUGAACACGUCGAUGCCGCUCCACGAGUGGCCAUGGGCAGAGCAAAUAUAUAUAAAGUCACGGUGCACCAGGCCGACCAUGUUCCAGAACAGCAUGCCGCGGUAUUUGAGGAUCCCAGAACCAACGGGUCAGAUGUCCAAAUCCAUGAUGGAGCUGCCCGUCGAUCGAUUCCAAGACACCAUCACUUGGGCCAGGGCAACCAACAACAUGCUCUUGUGGAACAGACACAGAAACGUGCCAGGUUUGAUUUGACCCGCAACCAGAUCUUCGUGUUUGAGAAAGAGCACACUAUCCUCGCGGGGUCUGACCAACAGUCUCGGGUCCAAGAGCCUGCGCCUGAGCCGAUUGAGGCUGGCAGCGAUCGGGGCUCUGGUGGACUCGCCGUGUUAACGGAGCCGGAGUGUACCCCUCGACCCAGCAUGAAGGAUAGCCGCCGGAUGAAACGAAAAAGCACGCCUCGGAGGACGCUCCGGAGGACGAACACCACGGCUACCAGAGAGCGGCAACCACUUCAGGAGCAACCGCAUAAUGGCAGACUCUGGAAUGUCUCAGUGCCAGACCAGGUCGAGCUCGAUCUGCCCAGACUCCCUGGAGCUCCAAGAAAGCCGGCGAGGGGGCUCGGCGCAGCAGCAGAACCAGCUCCCAUGACAGCCUCUGAGUACGCACAGCUACGCGACCGGCUUGUGGAAAACGCUGCCGGGCAUCUGGGACAUGUAUUUGAGAUCAAGCAGCUGCCGGAUGCCGAAAAGGCGCAUGAAUAUGGUUUGGACAACGCCAUCUGCCGACGACCUUGCGUCGUGAUGGAAUAUUAUUGCAGUAGCUUCACACGCAAGGGUGUUCCGAUCAUCGUUCUCGGGAUCUGUCCGGUCAUUUCGUACAAGCAGCGGGAUCAGCUACACAACGAUGUUGAGCGAUCCAAAUACCUCAUUCCCGUUGAGCCAACCAGUCCGAACCCAAGCGCCAUCCCCAGCACAGUCUCUCUGGUGCGAGGGCGCUUCACCAAGCCCUGCUGGAUCGACACAAGCAGGGUCUACCACGUCGCGGCAGAUCUGCUACAUAAAGGCAGAUUCUCAAGAGUGCGAGUUUCGAGGGAACCAUGGCUGAAGAUGAGAGAAGCCAUGUCACUGAAAUCACUGGCCCAUGAGGAGGCGAGGUUCAGACGGGCAUUCAAUCUGGAACAGGCUGUGUAUACCAUGCGGAGACAAUACGGCAUUGACAUGGUCUUUCCCUGA